UUUAAAAGGAUCAACAUGAGCGACUGCUUUUGGAUUGAUUAAAACUUGGCGCAUUUUUAUAUUUAUUGUUCAUUUUUAUUUCCCUCAGGAUAAAAUAGCAAAGAAAGGUGGAUUUGUGUUUUUUCUAUUAUAUUCUUUUAACAAUGGCUGAAAAAAUCCCAGAGAGGAAAAUUCGCAUCUAUCGAAGUGUUUCUGUUAAAAGGCUGGAGAAUUGGAAUGCCAAAGCUUUUACUGGGGAGGGAGGCACAGAGCUGCCCGGGAAAGGAGAUGUCACCCAACCCACUUGUCAAAAAGUACGUUCUCCUGCCAGAUCGCUCAGCUUGUCUAGGAAAGUAUCCAAAAUCUCUGCAGCCAGCAAAGACCAGAGUGUCCCUUGUCCUUCAGUCCGUCAACUCUCCCAGCGUUUCUCGUCUCACUCCAGGGAUGAAGGGGCACAAAGUGACGACGAGAACUUACGGAGAGUGGAUCAAAUGAAAAGGGGGAGUCCAGGGGGAUCUGUAGAGAGAAGCUCCACAGAUGUACCUUCCCAGAGAAACCUCCAGAGUCAAGGUCCUGUGGUCCACACUGAAUGUGAUGGACUAUCCCUGGCGUUGCCAGGUAAGUCUGAUUUGCAUGCUAGUCCCAGCCCAAAGGAAGCUCAGGACAUUGCAAACUCCCUAGAUGACCUUGCUUUCAAUUCUUAUUAUAGUUUUUUACACCAGCCAGAUAACCGUGAACUGAUUGGGGUGGAAGGGUCUAACUGGCCCAGUGUGACAGAAAUGAGAAAACUUUUUGGAGAACGUAUCAGGACGCAACAGACCAGAGCAUCUUCACUGCCAGACUCUGAGGAUCUAAAACUUUCAAUACAGCCAGUAACCCCUGUAAGAGAGGCCACAGCAUCUAGCGUUACAGACCCACACAGACAGUGCUCUUUAGAAAGUAAACUGCCUAAAAGCUUUAACCCUUAUGCCAAAGACCAUAAUUCCUUGACCUGCUAUCAGACUAGAAAUCAGUCCAUGAAAAUGGAAAGCCCAUCUUAUAGAGCACAUGUAGACAGUAAAGUAUGUUUAGAUAAUGCUAUGUGCCCGGAUGCAAAAGAACAGAGGGCAAACACUGUGCCCAAACCCCAGCCUCCACCUCCUCCUCCAAGAAGCUGUAUACCGUUUGGUCUGAGAGCACACACACUUUCCUCUGGCCUACCUAAACAAGAGGCAAGACAGCAAUCAGAUAGUUUACAUUCCAUGCAUAGUUCUGCCAAACCACAGACUGCCCCCUCCAAUGUCAGGCUCAAAGACAGCUCCAGUGAGGAAGAGCAGCUUGGCAAAGGUUUGCUAUUGCCUAACUCUGCAAACAAGAAUGUCCCUAAGGUCAGGUCCCAGGAAAUAACCUCAGGAAGUGAAGAGGAAAGUGGUCCUCUAUCUCUCAGGGGAAGCCUCAGAAAACGUUCCCUUAGAAAGAAAAAGAAAGAUGUUACAGCAUGCAAGAACGAGUCUGAUGACAGUGAUGGGCACUACAUGACCGAUUCAGUGGUUAAAUUCAGCCAUGAUUCUAGCUGCUCCUACAUGCUAACUCCAAAAAACAAUGUAUUAAAAGGGCUGGGACAACCCCCUUCAGCAUCUGAAGCAGACACAUGUGCUGCAGAGUCUAAACAGAAUAGUAGUGUAUGUACCCCUAUUAGUAGUACCUUUGAAUCACACAAACCACACUCCAGAAGCACUUGUGAAGUAGUAGCACCACCAAGCACAGGCCCGUUUGCUACAGGAACACCAAUUCCUGUUGUAUCUCGAGUAGCCAAAGUGAACAUUCCACCAUUCAUGCCAAGCCCAUGUGGCUCUAGGAGCAGCAGUAGAUACUCAAGCACUGAAACUCUCAAAGACGAUGACCACUUCUUCCAUUCUGGGCAGAGCCGUAACCUUCAAGGAGGCUUCAAUAUGUAUAGAUCACCAAGUUUUGGACAGAGUGACUACUUGUCAAGGCAACAGACACGUGGUAGGUCAAAAAUGUCUUCUGGCUUUCUUGGGGUACAAAACAAAAGUGUAAAUGAAGGUCCAUAUUGUGAUCUUGAAAAUACAAAACAUGAGAAGUCUAUAUCCAGUCUUGACAAUGCCUCCGAAACACUUAACCUACUUAACUUUUUAAGAUCAGACAUUGCAGACUUAAAAAUGAGGAAUAGAGAGAGAGGGGUUGGGGAAAAAGAUGAGAUGAAUUCCAGGUAUGAAACACCCCAGUGCACUACAGGGCAGCAUACCUCAGCUGGAAGCAUUACAUCGUCACAGUUAGCCUCAAGCCGUCUUCUGCCAGGUAAUCGCCCUACUUUGAAAGACCUUACUGCUACGUUGCGUCGUACAAAAUCCUUUACAUAUUCAGACAAAUCUGGGUCUAGGCGAGUAACUGGACGAUCUUCCAUGAAGCAAAGCACUUCGGAACUCAUGCUUGCCACCACUGGAGAUAAUGAUGUCCUGCUUUCAGACAAGGUAGAAGAUAAUGAUGAAGAAGGGAGAGAUGAAAAAGAAGCGGCCGACCCAACCCAAGACCAAUACAUCCAGGAAGCAAAACAGGUGUUUGAAAAAAUAAGUCAGAUUGGCUCUCAGGAUGACUAUAGCUUUGAUCAGGAGGUUAGUGACCAUUUUAAGCAUGAUGAGAUGCAGCUGAAUGCCAUUGUUCCAGUUUUGGACAACAGUGUAUGUACAGGUAUAAGGAAGUCCGAUUCAGAAGAAAAUAUGACAUGUAGGAAAUCAACUGAGGAGUUAUCUGGUCACGAGUCUAGUAUGACUGAUGAAGGAAUUGUUACUGAAUUGGACACCACUCCUAAUGCUAACUUAGGUCGAGACUUAAGUCAAACCCUUAAAGUUUGGAAAUCAUCCAGUGUUGUCCCAGAUGAAAGCGAAUUAUUUCCUCCAAGGAAUACAAAUGUCCAUGGAAUUCAGACUGCUGCUAAAGAUGGUUUAGAAAGUGAUAUUUCUUAUGAAGUAAAAGCAACCUCCCAAGGGCAACUUGAUGCCCCACCAACACCGGGUACUAUCAGACGGAGAAGGAAAUUUCCUUCACUCAGCAAUAAUGGCACUGAUUCUAGCAAUGGGAGUAAUGGGGAAUCAGGAAGUGAAACUUACAGAUCAUUAAGUGAUCCAAUGCCCCAUAGACGAUACUCCAUUACAGAAGAUCCCCAGAUAUGUUCUGUUGAUAGCAACCUUCUUGGAUCACUAAAUUCAAAAGCUGUUAUCACAGAGCCCUCAGCCAUUGCAUUUUGUGAAUACACUGGCAGCACAGCUAGUGUCCUUUCUCUUAGUAGUGAUGGGGUGAAAGAUUACAACACCGUAAUCCAAAAUAUUGUAAGUCAGCCUGGUGCUCUUGAUAAACUGAUUGAUGAAAAAGGCAAUGGUAAAACAAUAAAGAAAAAGUCUUUCAGCGAUCCCAGUCGCCGAGGAGAGUUGUCUUCCACUGGUCUAGAAGAAUUAAACGAGCCUAUAAAGGAAUUGGAGCAACCUAUUUUGUCUUCCAGCAGUGAACCGAUAUUAUCUGAUCAAAGAGACGAAUUGGGUGAAUUAGAGGAGUUAUGUGAAGAUGUUGGAAAACUGCAUUCACACUCCGAACUUGUGCUUGAAAAUGCAAAUGGCAUGGAAGUCAAUCCAAACUUUAGCUUUGACCCAAAACUCGCAAAUGUGUUAUCUCCAAGGGUGACUAGGCCAAGAUUGAAAAAACGCACUCAUAGGGCUGGUAGCCAUGACAGUAAAAAAGAAAGUGAUGAAACCUUUGAACAAAAUGAGAAGUCCAAGCAAACCUCCAAGCAUGUCAGGCAUACAAGUGAACCUGCUACGUUUAUUCCAAUUGCACCCCCAGAAGCGAAGGUGACUCAUGGACAUCUGGCUGUUCCUUUAAUCCACAUUGAUCCAAACAAAAAUCCAGUAAAACCAUACCCUGUUGUGAUUGGGCCAUUAUUGGAAGAAGUUUCCAAACAGACUAUACUCCCUACUGGGGACCACAAUAUCCUUGGCACUGUGGAUAUGCCUACACCAAGCACACCAACAAAUGCUGAAUCAAAGGUACUAAAACUUACAAAACCACACGAAGAGGUCAACCGAGGCAAGCCUUUUGUGGAUAUGAGAAAACAUGUCUUCCUGACUCUCCUUGAUACAGAGCAGUCUUACGUGGAGUCCCUGCGCACACUUAUGGAGGGUUACAUGAAGCCCUUAAAGCAGCCGGAGAACUCGUUCAUGUGCGACCCUUCCUUGGUGGAUGAGAUAUUCAAUCAGAUCCCGGAACUGCUAGAACAUCACGAACAAUUUCUGGAGCAGGUCCACCACUGUGUGCAGAACUGGGCCGAGAUCCAGACUGUGGGCGAUGUCCUAGUCCAGUCUUUUUCAAAGGAAAUCCUAGUGACUAUCUACUCUGCAUACAUUGAUAACUUCCUCAAUGCCAAGGAUGCCGUGAGAGUGGCGCGAGAAUCUAGACCGGCGUUUCUCAAAUUCUUAGAGCAAUGUACGCGGGAAAACAAAGAAAAGCAGGCACUUUCUGAUCUGAUGAUUAAGCCCGUCCAGAGAAUUCCUCGCUAUGAGCUCAUUGUCAAGGACAUGCUGAAACACACCCCUGAGGAACACCCGGAUUAUCCAUGCUUGCUGGAUGCCCAGAGGAACAUCAAGCAGCUGGCCGAGAGGAUAAACAAAGGAAUGCGCAGCGCGGAAGAGGCAGAAAGAGACACCAGGAUCCUUCAGGAGAUCGAGUCCCACAUUGAAGGCAUGGAGGAUCUCCAGGUUCCUUUCCGCAGAUUUGUACGUCAAGAGAUGGUGUCAGAAGUGAAAGCUGUCGGCGCUAAGAAGGAGAGAUCACUCUUUCUCUUCACAGACCUGCUGAUUUGCACCAGCGCAAAACGGAAAUCUGGUUCGCUGCGCCGCAGUUCCAUGAGCCUAUACACAGCCGCAAGUGUCAUUGACAUCUCCAGCAAGUACAAACUUCUCUGGAAACUGCCACUGGAGGAUGUGGAUGUUGUGAAAGGGACCUCCCAGGCCUCCAACAGAGACAGCAUUCAGAAGACGAUCUCCAGGCUCGAUGAAGACCUUAGCACCAUGGGGCAGAUCAGCAAGCUCUCGGAGACAUUAAGUUUCCCUCACCAGAGUCUUGAUGAUGUAAUCAAAGAUAUGAUGGCGUCUGUGCACAGGGAGCUGGCGGAGAAGCAAUCGCUGUCCUUCACCAUGUCGUUUCCACCUAACAAAGUGGAGCUCACCACCACCAAGGCCGACGGCACAGAAUCCUACAUAUUUGAGUUCAGCAACCCAGAUGCUCGAGUCCAUUUCGAACAAUCCUUUGAAGAAACAAAGAAGAAAUUAGCGACCAGCAAGAACAGACUGGACCCAGAGUUUCUGAAGGCCAUACCUAUUAUGAAGACCAGAAGUGGGAUGCAGUUCUCCUGCGCGUCUCCCAGCCACAGCAGUACAGAGAAUGUCCACGAGGUGUGGGUUUGUAAUAGUGAUGGCUACGUGGGGCAAGUCUGCUUGCUGAGCAUAAGGAAUGAACCUACGGUAGAAGCUUGCAUUGCAGUCUGCUCUGCUCGCAUUCUGUGCAUCGCCUCCGUGCCAGGCUUGAAGAAGAGUUACAGAGAAAGGCCAAGAGCUCUGGCAAGUCAAACUUCCGAGCAGCUUCCACCUCCUCUAGAUGGGCCGGUGUCUCAGCAGUGCCUUCACAUCUCCAUCUCUGGCUCUUCUCUCGAGCUCUCCGAACACACAGACAGUGCCAGUCGGGAUCUGGUACCCUUUGACAGUGAUGAUACGGAUGACGAGUCCUCACCUAGCCCCUCUGGGACACUCCAGACCAGCCGUUCCACCAUUUCCUCAAGUUUUGGAAAUGAGGAAAUGCCGAGUGCUAAGGACACAACUGCUGAGACCACCAGCUCAGAGGAGGAACAAGAAACCAGCUUUCUGCCGAUCCCCAGCACCUUCAACCAGAACAGGGAUAGCGAGAGUCCCACGGAAGGCAAUGCAGCUAGGAGAUCCAGCCGGGGGUCCUUUACAAGAGAGAGCUUAGAUGACCUGCUGAGCAUUGAUCCUGAGGCCUAUCAGAGCUCCAUGUGGCUGGGCACGGAGGAUGGAUGCAUCCAUGUCUACCAAUCAUCUGAUAACAUCCGGAAUCGUAAAAACAGCAUGAAGAUGCAACAUUCUGCUUCUGUCAUGUGCAUCCUGUAUCUCGAUAACCAGGUGUUUGUAUCUCUGGCUAAUGGGGAACUGAUUGUUUAUCAGAGGGAGGCAAGAAGUUUCUGGGAUCCUCAGAACUCAAAAACUCUUCCUCUUGGGUCCCCUGGGAGCCCUGUAACCAAAAUGGUGUCGGUUUCAGGAAAGCUGUGGUGUGGAUGUCAGAACAGGGUCACCAUCUUUAAUACAAGCUCACUUCUUCAGGAGCACACCUUCCACAUUGGGCAGGAUCAGAACCGCAGUGUUACCUGCAUGGUUAGUUCAUGUCUUGGGAUGUGGAUCGCUUUGCAGAGCAGUGCACAAGUCCGGCUAUACCAUUCCACUUCAUUUGAGCAGCUUGCGGAGGUGGAUAUUGCACCACCAGUGCACAAAAUGCUAGCAGGUUCUGAUGCCAUAAUACGCCAACACAAGUCCGCAUGUCUGCGGAUCACAGCUCUCUUGGCCUGCAAGGACCUGCUGUGGAUCGGAACCAGCGCCGGAGUGGUGCUCACUCUCUCCAUCACCACCAGCACCAACACUUUGAAAGGCCCACUCAAUCCAGUGGGCUUGUCUCAAGGACACACUGGCCACGUCCGCUUCCUCACUUCCGUGGAGCUGCCAGAUGGGUUUGAUGUCAGCUUUCCUGUACCUGGGGAUCAAGGUAAUGGGCAGCCAUCGGAUAUAGAGAAGAAGGAUUCUUCAAGACCCAGACCUUCCCCUAUGACUCAGUCAAAAUCAAAAAUUUUAGUCAUCAGUGGUGGAGAUGGAUAUGAGGACUUCAGGCUAACCAACAGCAGUGAAACAGUAGGGAGGGACGACAGUACCAACCAUCUACUUCUUUGGAGAGUCUGAGUUGUGUCCAACCAGAAUGUGGCCUGGGGGCCCCCAUCUGCGUCACUGCUGCCUCCUUAUUUUCUGUCCAGCUUCUCUGUUGACUUGUCCUGAAUGUACAUAAACCUGCUCGCUCAAAUAUCCAUCCACGACCUACUUCACCACGAUGCAGGAUCUAAAGCCUUCUUUUGAGAGGCUCAAUUUGUGCGUAGGAAGGGCAUGGCUUAAUGGCCAAAGAGUUGAUCUAAUGGAAGAAAUGGUUAUUUAUAUAGUGUACAAAAAAAAUGUAAAAAAGGAAGGAAGAGGGAGGUAUGUUUGCCAAAGGCCUUGUUUACCAAGUGGUACUUGAGCAUCGAGACUGUGUUGUGCCUACAACUCUAUCUAACUGCGACUGAAAAGGUAAUUGGAAUAAAAAGGACGUUAGUCAUUUCAAUGUACCAUUCCAGUUUUACCUGAACACAGCUCUCCACAGUCUCUACGUCCACAAAGGUGUUAACCACUAGUUACUGCUUAGCAGCAUUGCAUUGCUAGUGGAAUCAUCCCAAAUGCUCUUCAUCACGUUUUUGGGGGUUUUUGUUUGUUUUGUUUUUUUUUGUGUUCGUGAUCUCAAUAAGACCACAUCACAAUACCAUGAAUCAUUCAUCACUCGUCCACUCCAAAAACUGGAUUCCCAGUGGGCUUGUCCGUACACUCCAUACCUGUGGCUUUAAAAACUUGGCUCACGUGUUUCUGGCUCUGUAAGCCAUUUGUUUAAAAGAAAAAAAUGUUUAUUUAUUGUCAAGUGAAAGCUUGCGUUCUAAAGUUUUAAUAUUUUUAGUGUGGAAAAAAAAAUGGUAACGUGCAUCACUCAUUGCUUUCUGUCAGGUGAUAAAACCAAAAUUUGGUUCUAGGUUUCCUACGGCACUGGAGGGUAGACUUAGGACAGAGUUAGCCAAAAGAAAGCCUGCCGUGUGGGGCAAAACAACUGCCAUGAUUCUUUGCCAGUCUGUCAAAGGCCUACCUGCUGGCUAACCCUGGCUUUGGUUAAAAUGAGAUGGCAACGGAGUAAAUGAACUGGUAGCAUCCGUUCGUCCUGAGGACAGAAUCGUGUUAUCCACUUUCAAAUGUUGCAACUUUUCUGGACUUUAAAACUCUCAACAUCAACAUGUGAGGAUAUAUCUUACUAUCCUUGAGGGAUAAUGAAGAAACUCUGAUAUAGUUAUGCUAAGGUACUGCAGAAAUUGAUAAAUGUAUAUCCCAGCUUCCAUUAAAGGAAUAUUUAGAGAGUUUUCUUUUUAACCUAGAACACUACCCCUCCCACCCAUUUCGUUUGAGUCCUGAUCUCCACUUUGUGGGUGUUUGGAACAUCCUGUUCCCUGACGUUUGAUCCCUAUGGCUGAGGCGCCAAAUGAUUUUAGUAGUUGUCAGUUUGUGGAAUGUCCGCUGUAUCUCCUGAACGCUGAUAUUCUGUCAUGGCAGACAGUAGAACCUAGUAUACUACUGUGUAUUCUUCCUCUGGGAAAUGAAGUGUGCUACAACUGGCCAAAAAAUAAGAUGCACUGCUCCUCUGAUGUUUUGGGGUCUGUAUUUUUAUCCACCCCUGCCUUAGACCGUAUGAAUUUUCUCACUUGAGCAGAGAACCAGAGACUCCAGACUACAUGAGGAAAAAUGUUGAGUGUUAACAGAUCCUAUCUGUUUCACUUCCAGCAAAGCAUCAUUAUAAAGGAUACGAUGUAGGUAUUCCUCUACAAAUCUAAUAGCAUUUGGCGCCCUCUGUGUGUGGGGAAUUAGUUGCACUUUUUUUAUUUAUUUCAUUUAAAAAAAAAAAAAAAAACAUUUUUAGUGACUUGUAAAAUUAGUUUGCUCUUAUUGGAUAAGAAAAUACAAAUCACACAGUUCAACCCAAAGAAGGCAAUUUAAAGUGUUCAUACCACUGUGAUCUGCAAUGCCAGUCACUAAACGUCUGGCUGAGCAUGAUGAGAUGUGUUUUGUAUGGCCAUGAUACAGUCCAGGUGUAUUGUGAGUUUUACUCCCCAACCUGUAGAGAACGAGCAGGGAAACGCAAUUUAGUCUAAAGCAGUCUAGUUGCCAAAAAGUCUGUUAUUUUCAUUAAUGUCAAUAUGAUCUAUCUUGGAGGGAUUGAAAAUGGCAGAAUGAAAAUUUGGGGGAAACUAUUUUUAUUUUUUUGUGACCACUUUUAUUCUGAAUUCUGGUUCAAGUUAUCACUAGAGAGCAGCCGGAUUGGUUUAUCCGGUCACCAAGAAAUUGCAUUUGAUCUAAAAUCAUCUUUCCCAAAAUGGAAACAUUAAAGGGAUUAAAAAGAAACAUAAUGAUAUCAAUAAAAAUAAUGGGCCUUUUUUUAACUGUUUCAAACAAUCCCAGUACUGCUGAAAUUGUGUAAGAAUGUGUAACUUCCUCACUGACUUCAUGUGAGACAAUGGAACCUGUGUCUUUAUAAAAUCUUCAUUCAAAAUGUUUUCAGAAUCUAGUGCCUGCAGUCAUUGUGUUCUCAUUUCUACCACACAGGUAAAGAGAGUAUGGAAACGUAUAGGGACACACUGAGGUUGAGUUGACCCCAUAUACAAUGCAUUCAGUUAUAUUAAAAAAUAACAAUAACAAAAUAAACUUUAUAAGAUACGCUACUUUGAGGUUUCUGCAUUUGCUGUAAAUAUCCAGGAUUUGCAGCCUCUUGCAGUGAGCUCUGUCCAGACCAGAAAGUAUCGGAAGCCUGUCAUCCAACCCUAGACAUUUCAUUGUUUCAGAGGGUCUGCAUGGGUUUAUGGGACAUUUAACGCCCAACAAUCGUUUCAUUCCUCAUAAAGCAUGAGCAAAACUGCGUUCCCUAAUUUUAGAAAGCAAUAGUCAUCUUGAUAUUUAUUUGUUGGCAUUAUACAAAACUCGUUACACUUAUUCCAGAGUAUAUUUAUAAACUGCUGGUCCUUAUCUAAUUCAUUAGUAAACCUGAGAUAUGUCAUUUUAUCAGUAUUCCAUUUAUCUACGACUAAAUUAAUCUAUUUCUCCCAGAAUCCCUUGCAUAUUCCAUGCGCACGUAUACCUGCAGUAACGGAACUUACAGACAGUUUGGUUAUGGGAGUAUCAAACAGAAAUACUACCUAGAGACCCAAGUACUACAAAUAUCUACACUCAUUAUCCGUGUCUCUUCAUAUUAUUCACAGAGGUGUAUUCACUUGUAGAGAAUUUACAAGGAUCCUGCAUAUAUUAGGUGAAGAAUUGCCAAACUUUAAGAAUAGCAGCAUUGCAGAAUGCGUCCAGUUUAGCUAUUGUAUUCAUCCUGGGGUGUAUAGUAAGCUAUAGUCUGUCUGAGGCUGGAUACUAUACAGUAAGACCAAAGUGGAGCAAAGUGAAAUAUGUGACUGUAGGUGAGUGGGAGAUUUUUUUCACAUGAACGGUUUUCCUUGUACAUGAACACCAGUGAUUACAGUCUCAAUGCAGAGUCUAAUUAUUUUGACAUUAGAGCAAUUCUUAAUAGGGACCUAAGACCCCAAGGAUCUCAAAAUGGUUUAACAAACCAGGGGGAUGUCACUUGUAGAUUUUUUUUACCAUAUCUCCCAGGAUCAAGAAGGAGAAGCCUUCUGUUACUCAAUUGCCUACCGUAACCUAGAGUUCCAUAUGCGUUUGGUUUAAUGAACAUCCUUAGAGAAAUGACAAGAAUUGUCUCAAAGAAAGAAAACUAUAGCGGAGUUUAUUCUGCUCACCAGCCAUAUCUGAGCCUGACUGCCAGUUCAUAUUAUUAUAUCGCAUUUAUUCCAGCGUAGAACAAAGUGAAUAAAAUAUUGAAUGUUUUUUCUUAAAAUACUUGCGCGUGUGUGCCUGACCAGGGCUGAUGCACAUAGGAGCCACACGUUUAUCAUGUAUUCUGCAUGGAAGCUGCAGCCUGCAACAUAGUAAGUCCCCUCUCCACUUCCCAUGCUUGCCGUGUGAUAGAGGAGCUGCAGUCUGCAACUUGAAGGUCCAAAGAAGAGACACACAACAUAAAAAAACGAUUCAACAGACAAUUGUUUUCCCCUUUAAUGAUUGUGGACGCAGUGAUUAACCAGCCCGAUGCAACUCGCAUGUAUCCCAUAACAGCGCCUUCGAUAUCUGACCUUCCUGUAUUUUAUGUGUGUUGUGGCACUGCCUGCACUGUGCAGCGUGAAUGGGUAAAUAUUUACCUAUUAUCACUAUUACAAUAUACCAUUAUCACUACCACUAAAUAUUUUUAGCACGUUCCUCUCUACAGUCCAUGCAGGCUUCCAUUUAUUAAGGGUCCGUAGACGUCAUAUAUGGUAGACGUCAUUUGGUGUGUUUUCUCAACACUGAUAAUGGCUGCAAGAUUUACCAUAAUUUCGAAAUGCCAUACUGCAGGAUCCCUCACUGAUUAAAGACCUGAUUUCCAAUGAUCUUGAAUUCUGCAUAGUGCAUUGUAUAACUUGUCCUUCCAUGAAACCUGUCUAUAUCUAAAUAUAAUUUCAGGAAGUAUUACUUUACUGAGAGGGUAGUGGACGCAUGGAAUAGGUUAACACAGGGAGGGAGUUUAAGCAUGUGUGGGAGAGGCAUAAGGCUAUCCUAGACUUUUUAAAAUAGUUUUUAUUGAAACAUUUAAAAGAUUACAAUAAAAUGAACAAUCAAUAUGAUAUAAGUAAAAUAUUGAUACAACAAACAAACCUGGAUAUAAUGUAAUAAAUAAUUAUCUGGAAGUGGUGAAUCCUUAAUAAAUCAAAUGUAGAAUAAUAUGGUACAAAAUAUCACAAUAGACUUAAGAUAAGGUCAGGGACUUACGAAAGUAUUUAGACUAUAUGGGCCAAACGGUUCUCAUCUGUCGUCACAUUCUAUGUUUCUAUCCAUGUUUUGCCCAUAAAUAUAUAUAAGGGAAAUGGGUCCGUUAUAUCUGGUGGGUCUGACAACCAUAACUGUGAAAAUCUGGUUUCUACAGAACAUUUCUAUGAAGUGCCUGCCAUCCCUUGCGGCGGAGUUUCACAACAACUUAUUUUAUAUUUGAAACAUCACUGUCAUUUGAAAAUGUCUUCCCUCUUCCCAUAAAUCCAAUUAAAACAAUAAAGCAUGGAUUAUUAUUUAAUCUAAGCAAGGGAUGGUUCAGAUAGAAUUAACCCUUUAAGAAUGGUCGGUGUUAAUUUAUGUCGGCUGCCAUCUUUGACUUUCAACUGUGAGUGACCAUUAUUGAUACAACAGAGAUCGUGUGAUGUCAGCAGCCAAUCAGAUUCCGUGAUUAGCAGAUUAGCUUCUAGCAUUCCACUGUACAGGGGAUAAGAGGAAAUGGCUCAUUAAACUCUUGAAUAUUUUGUGUCUCCAACAUUUAGACAAAAACAAAAAACUGCUGAAUCAAUUUAAAAAUGUUGAACACAAAUUAUAGGCAUUUUUUUAAAAUGCUAUAUGGUGGUGAAAAGACUGCGUUCGACAAAAGAACCACGUCAGCUAGACGUACUAAGGAAUGGGUAUGACUUGUUAACAUUUCCCUUAUUUGCCAAAAUUCCCGUCAAACUAAGAUGCAAUAAAAUGUGAUCCUCUCGUCGUGUGUCGCUUUAGUGUAAUCAGCACACAAUACAUUCAAAACUUAGACUUACUGUGUAUAACUAUAUGCAUUAGCACUAAUUUUGCCAUUUAUUGCAAUUUCUUGAUCAACCUAUAUUACGUGCUGAGCUGUAUCUGAAACAGACUGUCCAUCACAUAUUUCUGAACGCAUUAUAUAUGAUAACGCAUUAAAAAGUCAGUCUAGGUCCCAGAUUAUAUUAUUUGGAUCUUUCACGGUGCAUAACUUUUAAUUUCAUUUCUAAGGCUGACAUCUAUGGAUUAACCCAUUCAGUCCUGCGGUGCAAUGUAUUUACCCACAAUCCUUGCCAGUAUCGUAUAUCACACGGUUCACAGAAUGUCUCCAGUUUUAACCCCUCUCAGUGCUGCGGAACUAAACAGUGAAUUGAUAAUGUUACCGUCUGCCUUGCAGUGCUUACUCUUCUGUCACUGAAAGGGUUAAAGAAAAGAUACCUAUUUUAUUUUUUUGUGGGAGCGGGGGGAAGAAAUUAUAAAAAAAAAAUAUAAAUAUAUAUAUCUAAAAUCCCAAAUGUAUUGUAAAUAGUGACUUAACAUUAUAUGGCCUUUCCUGUACAUAGUGUUCUCCGUGUCUCUGGAUUGUUAAAAUAAUAAUGCAUAUUUUUAUAUAACUUGUGUAUAGUUCCUCCUGGCACGUCAGUGGUGUUCACAUAUAACCGCUCCUAUGGGAGACGGUACGGCUGCCAUAAAUCUGUCCUUUUUUUUUUUUUUGAUCACUGUGGAUUCUUUGUAAUUAAAGUUCACUAGUGUCGGA